AUACUGACACAAGUUUAACUAAAAAGUACAGCAUAACACAAACACUGGUAUUUACAAUUUUAGUUGAAGCGUUAACAGACAAAUACACAAGAGUACCUUAGUGUGACAUAGUGUCAAAAUAAAGGAAAGUAAAGCUGCAAUAAAGUCAUUGGUAAUUUAGAUAAUUUAAUGUUUAAGAGUUUUAUUUAGGUUAAGUGUUAAACUGAAGCCUGGUUGAUGGAUUGGUUUAUAAUAGUUCAAUGAUCUUCACAAAUAUUUCGAAAUACGUAGGCAGUUAAUACACAUGCACUUGAUAUCGGAACGAGUGAUAUCUUAUGUCCAUCACUAUUUCGAGGCCAAAUGCCUACUUAGGAUCACAAAACACAAUCUUAGUCUGACAUAUUUGGCAAACGAAGAACGAUAAAAAAAUAGCAAAGUAUUCACACAGGGAAAAUGUUAUAGUAGAAACAAAACAAUAAUUACAAGAAUUUUCUUAGUCGACGUAAGUUUAGUUGGCUAAAUUUUGACACACAUGGGACGCCAUACACGAACGGUACGCAACCGCUCUUAUCACAUCAAUUAAGAAGUCGAUAAAGUAGUUCUUAAUAAUGUCAUAACAAAUUGACAUAACCACGUGAUCAACUACGUGGAUGGGAUUAACAUGCUUUGUUACCGCGAUGUUCGCUGUGGAUCUACGCACGUGAACAGUGGUAUUUGCAAUUGAUAAGAUAAACAAAAUAAUGAUAUUAAUGGAUUUCGAAAGUGGGUCUAUGGAUGUGGUGUAUAGUUAAACUGAAGACCAUGAUAUUAGACGGAUAAAAUAAAUAAAACAUUUUCUUCUGCAAUGGGAGAAUGCGUCUUGAAAAUACAAAUGCAAAAAAUGAGAAUUCAACAAGUGUAAGUACCAACUCUCGAUCCCUCGGCGAUGGUUUAACAGGCAACAUGACAUUGGUGGUUGGCGUCGCAACGGUGGUAGCCAUCUUUAUGAUCCUGCUGGUCUGCCUCCUCGUGAUGCUUAUUAAGGGCAAAAAGAAAGACAAGCGUCUGCAGGAUAUGUUCCGCCUCGAGUUACCCACGGACCCGUCUACCGUCAAGUCGGCACCGAUAUCCCGAAAUCCGUCUCCAAAGAGGGAGAAGCGCCUCUCCUGUCCGUCCGAAUAUGGUGCGAUCACCAACGCCAUGUCGGGCCGCCGCACUUCCACGUUCGACAGUCUCCCAGGUUACGAGGCCGAGCACGUGCAGCCGCCGAUGUGUGACGUUACUGGAAAGCCUCACUUUCAGUACCAGACCUAUUUUUAUGGGUCGCACCCUCAGCUGGCAGUGCGGGACGCUUCAACGGCGUCCUCCAGCCAGAGUAUCACGCCUCCCCCGGUUCCCAGCCUGCACGGCCGGGUAUGGUUCACGGCUCUGCACGACCAGGCCGCCAACCGCCUCAUUGUCACUCUCAUUAAAGUCAAGGAGCUCCGGGGUCGGGCGGAAGAGGAACCCUCUCGGGAUCCGUUCGUGCGCGUGUUCCUGCUGCCAGAGGAGCAGACGUAUCACACAACCAGAAUACAUAAGAAGACGCUAAACCCCAUCUUCAACGAGACGUUUGCAUUUAACGUGGAUACGCAUAGUCUGGUCGCUCGUAGCUUACGUUUCUCAGUGUAUGACGUAGAUAGACGACGCAUACGUCAUACUCUUGGUCACGUUGUCGUAUCUCUGGAAGAUAUUGAUCUCAAGUCGUCUGCAAUCGUGUGUCGUGAUCUCGAACCAGGGAUGCUUGCAGCGCCCUCUAUCGGAGAGGUAUGUUUAGCGCUUACGUAUCUUCCCAACUUGGAAAGAAUGAAACUGGUUGUCCUCCAGGCGCGAAAUACACGGCUUUCUUCCGACCCGGAAGCAGGAUUUUUCAUCCGCAUCCACGUGCACUACGGCAAAAAGCUGCUUAAGAUCAAACAGACGCUUGUCCAGGGCGUUGGACCGGAAGUCCACUUCAACGAGUCAUUCUCGUUCUGUACAUCAAACAAAAGUAUUGACAAUUUCAACUUCGUAUUGACUUUAUUUCAAACUGCGCAUGCGUCAAAGGAACCGGAAAUUGAGAUCGGUCACGUGACACUCGGCUCUUUCAUGUACGCGCGCGGAGAUGGACUCCUGCAUUGGCAGGAAAUGACGUCUAAGACGAGACAAUUGAUUACAAGAUGGCAUCAAAUGAAUGGACCAUCGUGCUGAGUUGACCCAGUCUCAAACAUAUAAAUACGUUACAGAUUGGAAACGUUAAUGUUCAUUGAAAUAUGCUUGUACUUUUUGAUUCGCUCAUGAAUGUUUCUGCCAUAUGCAACGUAUGAUUCGAAUCUCAUCCAAACAUACUGAUUUGCAUCAUCAUUGUGAUUUGCAAUAUUGCUUGCUUGUAAAUAAGGCGUUUAACUGAGAAACAGUCCCUAAAAUAUGAUAGUUGUGUCCGCCUAAAGUGGAUUACAUGAAAGUAAUCGGUUUUGCUUUUAACCUAACACAUACGACGUUUUAUGCCAAUAAUUUUCUUUAGACUUUAACGGUGAAAUGCGAUUCUACUCUUCAUACACAUAGGAGAAAUGUGAUUUGUGGAAAUAUAAUCCACUUAGCUUUAAGCCACAUGAGGCCAAGUGGCCAUGACAUCGAGUCGCAUUGAAAUGCUGACACAGAACCUUAAUCAUACCACUGAUCCGGGAUGGCGAGCACAGCUGGCAGUGCACAUGUAUAUUCUUUGGACGUGCCACAAUAACACAUGUGUGCAAGAAAUCAUUCUACAUAGCGCUCGCUCCUUGUAUUGACCAAAUAGAAUUUCUGUCAAUGUACAUUUAUUACUGCGCCGUGUUUCGCGUGACAGCUUGGUAGAUAAUAUCGUUAUCAAUCAACUGAGGAUUUUGUAUAAUGAUCUUUUUAUUCUAUGGUAAACAUCAUUAUUGUUGUCUUGAUCAUACCCAGAAUAAUAGCUUUCUUAUCUCGUUAGAAAGACAUCAAUUGUUCACGAAUAAUAUGAAAACAUUGAAUAAAACUCAGAAAUUCAAUCGUGUUGCUGGAGAAAGGAUGCGACAAAUUUUAAGGUUAUUUAUCAUUCACGUAUCCGCUCGAAAGAAAUAUGAAACUUGUUUUAUUAACCUUGGUUUUUAAAUUUGUCGCUUCCAAUGCUAUUUGCUUGGGGUAAUGUUUAUACCGAAUGGACUAAUUCAUCGGAAAUAAUCAAAAUAUCAAUUUAUUUAUUUCGCAUGUUCGUUCUUGCAAUCCUUCAUUCUGUUCCUCAUGCGUCUCUAUUGAUUUUGUGAUUGUGAAAUCUUCAUCCAAUUCAUAAAAUACGUAGAAUUAUUCAUAUCCAAACAUACUAAGCGCUAAGUUGUCUUUUCUGUUCUGCACAAUUAUAUAUAUACAUCAUUAAAGCACGAAGUUAACACCAAAUCCGUCGCAUACAAUCAAUGUCAUAAAACACGAUUCGUUUGAGAUUUAUUUUGAUUAUUGUGUUAUUGCAGGUUCUUUUUUUAUGCUGCAAUGUAUAUACUAUUGCAUACAUAUACACAACUGGUCGUAUUUGUCUCACCCACCAUUCACAAAUGUCGGUUAUUAUUAUCUGCAUUUUAGUUCUACCAUUGUAUAUAUUGCUAAAUCUUCUUGUGGUAAAACAUACGUCUUUAAUAAAUGAAUACAAAACCAGGUUGGUGUGUAGUUGCUCUUUUAUUCGUUGAAAUUACAAUAAUAAAAAUUCAAAAAAUAAAUUUGAGUUCUUUGUUUAUUAUACAAUUCAAAAGGUCGAAUUGCGUUUUCAUCUUCAGUUUUACUUUUCUCAUAUCCUUCACCUGUGAUGGUAUUUGCUCUUUUGUACCAGCAGUAUAACAUCGAACUGUCUUACAAUGCAUUCGCAGACUUCAAAAUAUGUUGUUAAUGAUAAUCUUUAUCAAUGGUACCCCAUACGUUUAUAUGGUAUUGUAAUUAGGGGCAAGUUCAUUGUUUUCGAUUAUUUUUGUUUCCAUACAAAAGGCAUCUUUCCGUUUUUUUUAACUUACCACGCGCAUCCUGUAAACAGGAUUUGUUCAAUCUGUUAAGUGCAAAGUGCAAAUAUUUCUUCAUAAAACUUUAUCAUGUCAUAAUGUGUAAUUUUGCUAACUUAUGUUUUGCUUAAACAGGUAUAGCAAAAAUAUCAGGUUGGCAAAUCUUUAUUAAUUUCAAACAGAUCAUGAGCCAAUGUUACGAUUGAGUACUUAUAUAUUAUGUCCUUUUAUGUUUAUCUACAAACAAUUGAUUUAUUGAAUCAAUGUAUAUUAAAUGUUCUGUGCAUACUGUGUCAUGUGAUACAACAAUGCCUAAGUGACUGCAGAAACUAUUGACAUAAAUAUACCUAACCUUAGUGUCGUCUUGUAUCUUAACAGUUGAUUUUGUCACAAUUCAAAAGAUGUGUCUUAUGACAAGAAUCAGAUGUAGCAUCUUGCAUUUCACAUUGUAGUUUUCUCCUUAAUUUAUUUCGUAUGUUCAGCGUGUUUCAGUGGUUUUUUUAGAUAUCACACAGAAGCAAGUAAUAAAAGAAUAUAUUGUGUUAAUAUUCUUAUUAAUGUUUCAAUAAAAAAUAUUACUUCAGAUCUCUGGUUGAUUUUGGUAACACGUUUGAAUUGGUUGGAAUAUUGAUUAUGUGCCGUUUUGCAAGCAGCAGUGUUUGGAUUUUAUGCUUAAAAAUGAUUAACAUUAUAUCCUUAGCAUGUAGUACGAAUCUAUGUGAAUAAAUACCAAUCAGCUAUUACUGAAAAAAGAUAAUAAACCACAAAUAUGCGUGUU